AUUAGAACCGGGUUCGAUUGAUUGUUUCCUUACUGCCCCGACGAAGACCCAGGGGACAAAAGAAACGGCGCUCCGACGAACGUCUCAUCUCCUCCUCUUCCAGAUGCGGCCUUUCCUAAGACACCCCGGCACCUUCUCUCUUCUCCUCCGCGGCGCCCGCCCUCUCGCCCCCCACUCCGUCGCCCUCCUACGAAACUUUUCCCCGCCCCGCUUCUCUCCUCGUCCCGAUCGGCUCUUGAUCCCCCACGCCGCCGCCGCCGCCGCCUUCAGCGCUUCUAGCGGCGCCUCCGCCUCAUCAACAGCAUCCAAGGACAGAAGCUCGCGUAACACCCUCGUGUACCUCCUCGGGUUGGUCGCCGCCAUGGUCGGAGCCUCCUACGCCGCCGUUCCCCUCUAUCGCCGCUUCUGCCAGGCCACCGGAUAUGGUGGCACAGUGCAGCGCCGGGAGCCGCACGAUCUGUUUUGUUUGUGUUCUGAGUUUAAAAUGCUUUCGGGAAUAAUGAAUCGUUCAUGGCUUGUGACAAGGAAUGAGUCUCUGCAGAGUGUGGAAGAGAAGAUCGCCCGCCAUGCCCAAGAAGGGACCAAGACUUCCAGGGAGCUUGUUGUUCAGUUCAAUGCUGAUGUUGCUGAUGGGAUGCCAUGGAAAUUUACUCCUACACAAAGAGAGGUAAGGGUUAAGCUAGGGGAAAGCGCCCUUGCAUUUUAUACUGCUGAAAAUCGUAGCUCGACUCCCAUAACUGGUGUUUCUACAUACAAUGUUACCCCAAUGAAGGCUGCAGUUUAUUUCAACAAGAUUCAAUGUUUCUGUUUCGAAGAGCAGCGACUUCUUCCAGGGGAGCAAAUCGACAUGCCGGUCUUUUUCUACAUUGAUCCAGAGUUCGAGACCGAUCCCAAGAUGGAUGGCAUCAACAACAUUAUCCUUUCCUACACCUUCUUCAAAGUUAACGAGGACUAGCUGUGUAGCCACCGAUUAUCAGUAUCAUUACCCUCAACUCAUUAUUCUUAUUUUUGUUAGUUCAAAUGGUUAUCAAUGUCACUUGAACAGCCUCGUUUCCGAAACAUUGGCCAACUGUUUUGUAGCAGAAGAAAGCAGAUGGUUGCCAUGAAAUGGUCGCUUGCUAAAAUAAAAGUUAGAAAGAAUCGAUUUUACUAUUA